ACAACCGUCUGAGAUAAAUAGCAGAUGAAGUAAUCAAGAAUUGGUGGGAAGCAAGCGAUUACAUUAACCUAACUCCUGAUCAGUACAGACCCACCCAGGGAGCGGUUUGCCAUCACUGGCCCAGAAAAUGCAGAGACAGCGAGGGAUGAACUGCAGCAGUGAGAACGGGACAGGGCGAGUUCUCUGGCAGACAAGCCCUCCUGGCUGUGCCAUUUUGGACACAGGUCUUAGAGCUAUCAAUUAUGCAAGUGUGAGAAAAUUAUAGAAAAACAUAAUAUCCUUGAGUUGGAAGGGACCCAUCAGGACCAUCGAGUCCAACUCCUGUCCCUGCACAGGACACCUUCAAGCCUCCCACGGGAACGGGAGGACUGUACCUGCUCACUGCAAAUUACAACCUACAGCCAAGCAGGAAAACCUAGAUGCCCGCCCGAGCAGCGACCAGCCAGCCCACACGGGCGGUGGUUUGUCACGGGCACGUUCUGAGGGCGGCAGCAGCGGCACCGCCCGCCCGCCGCGCCACGUCCAGCGCCUCCCGCGGCCGCCCCGCGCGCUCUCGCGAGAGCUCCCGUUGCCGUUGGUGACGGCGCGGGCGGGGCCGCUUUGAAUCGCGGCGGGCCCGGGCCCGCCAUGGCACCCGAGCGGCCCGGGGGGGAGCGGGGCGAUGCUGCCAGCCCCAGCGCCGCCACAGCCGCCGGCUCGACGCGCGUCGAGGUGCCCCGGCCCCCCUCCAUUGAGGAGUUCACCAUCGUGAAGCCCAUCAGCCGCGGCGCCUUCGGGAAGGUGUACCUGGGCCGCAAGGCAGGCCGCCUCUAUGCCGUGAAGGUGAUGAAAAAAGCAGACAUGAUCAACAAAAAUAUGGUUCACCAGGUGCAGGCAGAGAGGGAUGCAUUGGCUCUCAGUAAAAGUCCUUUCAUUGUGCACUUAUACUACUCACUUCAGUCAGCAAACAACGUCUAUUUAGUGAUGGAGUACCUUAUUGGUGGAGAUGUCAAAUCUCUUCUCCAUAUUUAUGGAUAUUUUGAUGAAGAAAUGGCUGUUAAGUAUAUUUCUGAAGCAGCAUUGGCUCUUGACUAUCUUCAUAGGCAUGGAAUAAUCCACAGGGAUUUGAAGCCAGACAAUAUGCUCAUUUCUAAUCAAGGACAUAUAAAGUUGACAGACUUUGGGCUUUCCAGAGUUACUCUGAACAGAGAGAUAAAUAUGAUAGAUAUCCUUACUACCCCAUCAAUGGCAAAACCAAAACAGGACUACUCACGUACUCCAGGACAAUUGCUGUCUCUUAUCAGUUCUCUGGGCUUUUAUACUCCUCCUGUAGGAAUGAAAGUGCCAGGGCACAAAUCGAGUCCAACGUCUGACAGCCCGCAUGGAGCAGUUUCUCCUGCACAUAUGGCCCAAAAGGAAAAUACCCCUCUUUCAACGAAAUUAUUCAAAACACAUCUGGAUAAUUCUCAAUUAACACCCGUGAUGCCAGCGAGGAGUUUAACUCCUACUCUGCUUCAGUCAAGAAACAGGUUUGGUACCUCCAGUGUCAGUAGUCAGUCUCACACACAGCUGUCCAGUGUGGAAUCAGAAAACUGGAGCAGCCCCAGGUGUGGGAAAGGUGUAGAGCAAAGUGAAGAUGAACCUCGUUCUACCACAUGCAAAACCAGUAACAGUGGGUCAGCUCUCCUUUCAAAUGCUAUGUUGCCAAAUAGCAAAGGUGGUGAAGUUUUGAAGAGGAAAGAACUUGAGUCUGCCAUUUCUCCCAUUGCCAGCAAUGAGUCUGGCAGUAGGCAGAAGUUGGGAAGUGAACAUUUGGAUAUAACAGAUACUCCUGUGAGCACUCUGGAUGUGAAAGGUGUAGUAAGGAAGUGUAUUUCUGAAAACAAGCUUUGGAAAGAAAAAGUCUUUGUAAAUAAAAGAGAAAUGACUUAUGAAACAGUGGAGACUUCCAGACUACAACAAUCACUUUCAAGGCAGAAUGAGCCUGUCAAAGAGGAAGUGGUGUUUGAAAAGCCAGGUGUAAAAAGAAGCUUUGAAUCAGUUGACACUAGCCCUUGUCAGGAACUUAACUAUGUUAAAAAAAGCAAUGCAGAAUAUAAACGUGGCUGUCAGAUCUCAGAAUUUCCAGCAAACAAAGGGACAGGUUUGACAACAGAAAUUCAAUCCUUAAUGCUUUGUAAUGAUGGAUGCCUCCGUGACACCUGUGAAAGCAAGGAAGAAGUUAAGAGUUUUAUUUGUAAGCAGGAAACAGUAGAAAGAUCGCUUACUCCAACUGUAGCUAAAAAUCUUAUGUGUGAUCUGGAUGCAGACUGCGGAAAGGAUGAUGAAAAGGAGUACAUGAACUCAAGUUUUUUAGUCACUGAUGAUGAAAAACCUUUAGAUGCCUUCAGUGCAGAUUCUGACUUACUUCCUGAAGUGUCUGUUACAGAAAGCCAUCUAGAAAAACAGCUUUUAGAUUUGGACAGAAGUGUUAAAGAUCUCUCCUUUGAGGAACCAAAACCUGAAGGUGUGCUAAUAACAUCACCGGAGUCUCGAGAUGCCUCACAGUAUGGAGAGGAGGCACAUACAGUCCAGGACUGCAAGCCCUUACAUCAAAAAAAGGAUAAUGACCAGAAACACGUGGAAGAAACUUACCUUGACACAGUAUCUUCUCCUUCAGAAAAGAUGAAGGAAGCACUGAGUCUCUUCAAAAAAAAUGCUGUUGUUUUUCGGAGUUACAAUAGUCCAAUCAAUCUAUCCAAUAUAUCUGAGCCAUGCAGCAUGGCUUCUUUAGAGAUAAUGGAUCUUUCGCCUGCCUGCAGUGGCUCUUACCCAACAGCUAUCACUCCAUUACAGAAAGGAAGAUCAUAUCAGGUCUAUCAGACCCCUUAUCAAGGGGAUGCUGGCACACCAUACAGGACUCCAAAGAGUGUUCGAAGAGGAGCUGCUCCCGUAGAAGGUGAACGCAUCCUGGGGACCCCAGACUAUCUGGCACCUGAGCUGCUUUUGACACAGCCUCAUGGGACUCUGAUCUCUGGUUCUGCUGUAGACUGGUGGGCCCUUGGAGUUUGUCUGUUUGAGUUUCUAACUGGAAUUCCACCUUUUAACGAUGAGACACCAACACAGGUCUUCCAAAAUAUUUUGAAAAGAGAUAUUCCCUGGCCUGAGGGUGAAGAAAAGCUGUCUGAUAAUGCCCAAAAUGCAAUAGAUCUUCUUCUAACAAUUGACACUACUAAGAGAGCUGGACUGAAGGAACUGAAGCAUCACCCCCUCUUUCAUGGGGUGGACUGGGAUAAUCUCCAGAACCAAACGAUGCCGUUUAUACCUCAGCCGGAUGAUGAGACUGACACCUCUUACUUUGAUGCUAGAAACAAUGCUCAGCACCUGACUGUGUCUGGAUUUAGCUUAUAGCAUCAAGAUAAGUGAACGUUCUCCAUGGUUUUGCACACUUAGAGUUGUCUUGAACCCUAGUUUGGUCUUGACUAAGUUUCCUUGCUGAAUUUAGUGUGUUUCAAGUUGCCAGUCUAUUUUUAUUAUAGCCUUCUUUAUCCUAAAGUGAAACUACUGUAUGAAACUGGUAUCAAGUGCCUUUGUGCUACUUGUUAUCUCACUGCACCUUACUAAGAGGCCAGAGCAUUGUGUUUCUUGGACCUAAUAACACUUGGCAAUAAUGGGGCUUUUUAAUAGUAAUAAUUAUUCCAGUUAGGAAGUGUAGCUUUAUUUCCCAGCUAAACAUAAUAGGGAAAGGAUAUAAAGGAAUUAUAAUUGUAUCUAAUUAAUAACUUACCUAUUGGUGGUUCAGUGUGGUGGCAAGCUGGUUUGGGAGCAGUCCUGUCUGAGCAGUGUGAAUAUAGAUCCACUGUGCAAAACCAGUCAUUUCUGUUCAAGGUGGAAAAUUGAAAUCUUAAUGCAGCAUUGUAAUGUCUUGUCUUCCGUUUGUCUUAUUCCCAAGAAGGGAUGGGAAGAUACAACGGUAUUCCAAGUUAAUUUGGCUAGAGGUGUCACAUGAGACUGGCAGGAGUUCCUCUGGUUAUUAUCCUGUCCAAGGAUACUUGGGGCAAGUCUGUUAAACAAAUGCUCUGUUUAAGUUGUUGUGUUGUAACCCCUUGGGCUGUAGGAAGCUGGACUGAACAUACGUUUUAGCAGUUACUGGUUUUAUAUAGAAAAUGCCCAGUGUUUGUGUGUGCUCCCUUGUGUCAGAUGACAAGUGACAGGUGAUUUUUUGUUUUCUAGCAAGCAGUAUCCAUACUGAAGCUGCUAAAUAUUAAAGACUAUAAUAUAUUGUAGGCUAACAGACUGUUUUGUAAACUCACAGUCAGAGCCUGGAUUUUGACUAGAAUAUAAGAUAGAAGUAUAUAUUCUGUAUAAACCUAAAUUAGGGGAAGUAUAUUUAAAUUUAUCUUUAAAUGCAAUACAAAUCUUGUGUCUGCUAGGUUUUAGAGGUGUAUUUGUAGAUAAUUCUGUUUAAAUAGUCUUCAGUAUUUUUCUUGCAUAUGUGUCUCUAACUUAAAGAAUAUUUUAAUUUUUCAGGUUAAUAUAUGUUAGAUAAAGACCAUUUGUGCUAGAUGGUGUUACCAGCCAAGGGCCAUGUGCCAGAAGCCAAGCAUUUUGCCAGUGAUUUUUGCCAAGUGCCUUUUGGUUUCAUGAACCGACUCUUUUUGUAGCAGUAGUGAGUUGUCCCUUCAUUACCCCGCUUCCUGGAAGACAAGAUUUAUUGAUGGAAUUCUGAGCAAAUAAGGCCAGGCUUCCUGCUGUCCCCUCAGGUUGCUGGGAAAGGAACUGGAAUGGUGAAGAAAAAGGAAGUUGCCUAGAAAGACCUAAAGAGAGCUGAUUUUUAAUAGCUCAGAAUGACCAAUCCCAGCUCUUUUUGUGAUAACUCGAAUUUGUGUAACAGAAUCUUGGCAAGUUGCAAAACAUACAGUGAAUCUCACUCCCUUUGCUAAGGACUGCAGUUUCAGAGAACUUCUAAAUUGUUCAGUCAUACUGCAAUUGUUACAUGAUGGAAAAGGUGCUAACAAAUGAAUGCACUACUGAAGCAGUAUUCAUAGACAACGUUCUCUGAAAGUGAUGAGACCUUCCUUAGUGGUUUUCCUGUGUACAGUUGGAAUAUGUAAACUGGGGUAGGAGGGUACCUUAAUCACUGGUAUUUUAUGCAAUUUAUUCUUCCAUUUCUAGUAAUCUAGUUUAAGAAAGCAAAUCUUAAAAGAAUUAACUAUAAUUACAUGUCAAAGAAAUAAGAAACUGAACACCACAACAGCUCUUUGUGUUCAGUGCUUUACAAAUGGUUACACCUGUUUCCAUUUGACAGUAUAACACAUUCCCAUCUAGGUGGAAGAAACUUCUUGCACUGGUAUAAUCUUCUUUAACCCCUUGAAGUAGUUCUUAAUCAUUUACAAGUAAGCUUCUAUAAAAAUCUUAUCCUAAAAGAAAACUGUUGGGGUUUCUACCAGUUGAUUAAUGCAAAAACACAGAAUUAAUACAAAAACAUAGAAUCUGUAGAACAGUAAAUUGGCCAAUUGACAAAUAUGAAUGUUUAAUAUAAAGUUAUCACUACACUGCUGUCCAAAAUUUCAAUUUCACACUAAUAGCCCUGAAAAUAUUGCAAUAUCCUGUUCUCUUCAUUAUCUUGCAUUUAUCCUGGUUAUGGUAAACAUGGAGCUGAAUGUCAGACGUUGAUUGUUGAGAUUUGUGAUGUGGUUUUGUUUGUUGUGGGUGGUUUUGGUUGAUGGGGCUUUUAUCUCUUGUAAUAAGGUGAAUCCUAGCUUUAUUGUUCAACAUGGAAUUCCUUGUCAACUCAAUUCCACUGGUUUCGUUCCACUUGUUGCUUGACUUGAAAUACUACAAGCAAAAGUUUAAAAGGUAUAAUGUAGUAGCUGGAAGAGAUCUAGUGUUUCUUAUUAGUAAGGAUCUACAAAUAACAGUGUAGGCUGGCAAAAGUUUCUGAUCCUUAGAAGCUGUGGAGUGCCACUUGGCAAGUCCUCCAGCUGUUACAUGGUGCUCCCUGAAGGCCUAAACUUUAUGUGCAUAAGCUACACAUAAACUCUGUAGUUUCCAGGUCAUCUUGGGAGACAGUUUAUCAGCCAUUAGCGCAGUCCAUCUAAAAACUACUGGAGAGAUCAGGGUUGCACUUGGUUACACAGAAGCAGCAGUUUUGGACAGUUAUUCCCAGCCCUUAUGUGCUGUUGGGCACACUUACAUAUGGGGCAGUGUCUGGGGGCAAGGUGCUGAAGGGCUGCCAUGUGUUGUUGAGCUCAGAGAUUCCAGUUUCACCAUGAUUUGGUUUACCACAUGGUUACUUUGGCAAUAAAAUGCAUUAUCUUCCUCUCUACUUCAUUCUCCAGAAGUUCACUUUGCACAUACUUCAAAAUUCAUGCUUCAAAAAUUCACUUUACUUUUGUGUAAAUAUAUAAAAUAAAAUAGUGCAGUUGUGCUGCUGCUUCUGCAUCUUGUUUUUCUUUCAUUGUGUUACUUUUGCCUCUGCUGGGAGUGUGGCAGAUGGAUUCUUUUUACACAAAGAAACCCUGAGUGCUUCCCACUACUACCUCAGCAAAGGCAGUGAUUUUUAAGUAAGGAAAUACCUUUUAAUUUCAGUACAGGUCUGUGUGCCCUUCAGUUAGCUCAUAACUUGCUAGCCCCUGCCUGGA